UCUAAGUUCUGAGGGCGAUAGUGGGGCUUCGAAUCGAAGAGGAAGGGCUUUCCUGCCAUAGAGGGCUUAGGGACCAGACCAGAUCAGAGCGACAGAAAUGGCGGAAGAUGCAAUUCUAGGGUUCCUGGAAUCAAACAAGAACAUAUCAGAUUCCGGCCAAUUCGCUGCAGACGUCGGAAUCGAUCAUAACGAAAUUAUCAAUGUCAUCAAGAGUCUCCACGGUUUCAGAUUAGUUGAUGCUCAGGACAUUAAGAAGGAGAAGUGGGUACUUACUGGUGAAGGAAAGUCAUAUACUGUGGCGGGCUCACCCGAAGUGCAGCUCUUCUUGGCCAUACCGCCAGAGGGCAUUUCUCGAGAAGAAUUACAGAAAAUGGUUGAUCCUUCAGUUUACAAAAUCGGUUGUGCCCAGGCCAUAAAGAAUAAAUGGGUGGAGAUGGGGAAGCAGCUAGUUUCAAGAAAGGUUCAAAAUGUUGAGGAUCGAGUCAAAGAUUUGCUUCUGCAGAUACAAGAAGGAGAGGUUGUUGAUCAAGAGGAUAUUGAUGCUCUCAAAAGAAGGAAGCUUAUUGCUCUGCAAACUUGGAAGGGCUACUCGCUGCAAAGGGGUCCUAAUUACGCUCCGAAAAGGAAGAAGGCUGUGACGGAUUUGACUCGAGAACAUCUACAGAGGGGUGAUUGGAAGGAGUUAGAGUUUAAAGAGUAUAACUUCAGUGCUAAAGGCCCACCCGCGGAAGGUGGCUAUCUCAAUCCUCUGCUGAAGGUUCGAAGGCAAUUGCAAAAUAUCUUCCUUCAAAUGGGUUUUGAGGAGAUGCCCACAAAUAAUUUUGUUGAAAGCAGCUUUUGGAAUUUUGAUGCACUCUUCCAGCCACAGCAACACCCUGCUCGUGAUUCACAUGAUACCUUCUUUUUAAAAGUUCCUUCCACUACUAGGGAGCUGCCUGAAGCUUAUGUUGAGAGGGUGAAGUGUGUUCAUGAAUCUGGUGGUUAUGGAUCCAGAGGAUAUGGAUAUGAUUGGAAAAGAGAAGAAGCAAAUAAAAACCUAUUAAGAACCCAUACAACUGCUGUUUCCUCGAGGAUGCUUUACUUGCUUGCACAACAGAAAUCUUUCACCCCAAAAAAGUACUUCUCAAUUGAUCGUGUUUUCCGAAAUGAAGCUGUAGAUCGAACUCAUCUUGCAGAGUUCCACCAGAUUGAAGGUCUGGUAUGUGAUCGGGGCCUUACUCUUGGUGACCUGAUUGGAGUGUUGCAUGAUUUCUUUUCUCGCCUGGGUAUGUCAAAACUGCGUUUCAAACCUGCUUACAAUCCAUAUACGGAGCCUAGCAUGGAAAUCUUCAGUUAUCAUGAAGGCUUUAAGAAAUGGGUGGAAAUUGGGAAUUCUGGCAUGUUUAGGCCGGAAAUGUUGCUGCCAAUGGGGCUACCAGAAGAUGUUAGGGUAAUUGCGUGGGGUCUUUCUCUUGAAAGGCCUACCAUGAUACUGUAUGGAAUCGAUAACAUCCGAGAUCUCUUUGGACACAAGGUGGAUCUUAAUCUCAUCAAGAGAAAUCCAAUUUGUCGCAUUGGAAUUGAUUAGUGAGGACCUUAUAUGAGCAUAUUCAUCGUUCUUUUCGGGCUUGAGAAACAAAAUUCAGGUAAAAUCUGGGGAUCCAUUUAAUGAUGACAUACUUGGGGACUUC